CCUUCCUCUCUUUCCAUAAUUUCACUUAUCUCUUUGCAGGGAAGCUGCAUGAACUAUGUUACAGGGGUGUCAUGCUUGGGAAAUGGUCAAACCCAAUACAGAAAUGCCUCUAAAAAGCAAACACUUCAAACAGAAGGGAUGAAAUGGCAGACAUGGGGAUUUAUAGGAAGAAGGAAAGAGUCAAGAAAUUAAUUACAGAGGAAUCAGCAGAGUCACAGAUAAAUGGUAGGGUCUGCAAUAUUUUCUCCCAGUAGCUGCUGUUAAGAGCUCAAGUUUGUGUUGCCUGGUUUGCACACCUGAAACUAAGAUUGCCUUUAGUCUGAAUUUACUUCAAAACAAAGGGCUGAGAGAUGGGACAGUGGAUACUUUUUUCUGUCCCUGAAGGGGCACAUCUUGGGCAAAGGUAGUGGGAUGCUGCUGGUAACAUCAUACAGACAGCCACAGAACUACUUUAAUAAGGGCUUAUGCUGAUUCCAGAAAUAUGAAGCUCCUCCUGCUGUAGGGCAGGACAUCAUCAGCCUUCAGGAGGCAGGGCUUCAGGGGGGACCUGUUGCAGUUGAACUGGCCAUUCAACUGAGGGAAAACAUUUUAUUUGCAAUCGUAGUCAUUUGUAGUAGUAAGAAAUUGCAAAAAAUGCAAGCCGCCUCAUCAGAAAUCAGAAACGUGAAACACAAUUUACCAGCAGAAGUCUGAUUAGCAAAUGAGGUCUCAUGGUAUGCUGCCCACUGUGCCAUAGGAGAGCCACCCGUGGGCACAGGGCUUGGCUGGUUUCAGCAGUGAUCACAAUGCACACCAGAAAAGGGAACACAGGCAUAACAAUGACAAAGCAAAAAGGCACAAAAACAAUGACUCAGACAAGUUGUGUGACCUAUUUUUAUAGUCAUCUCAGGUGAUAGUGGAGGAGGAAGUGUGUGCUUGUGGAAGGCAACCCUGUCUUUCCAAGGGACAGGGCUGGGGAAGGAUCAUGGACCUGUGGAAAUGGAGGCAACCUCAAUGGAGGAGAGGUGAGACCAAGGCCCUGCUCUUUCCCUGAGACAACACAUGACUUAGGCCCUGAGUCCACCUCUUGGCUUGCUUUGGUCUCCUUAACCUAGAGAAAGAGCUGUUUUACAGAAGCAUCAGUACCUCCUGCGUCUUUCAUCACCUCAUCAUUGAAUUACAUGAUGGGUGCAGACUCCUAACUCUGAGUUACAUAUGUGCUCUGUGUUACAUUUGUGCUACUCGUUGCAGCAUGGCCUUUCCUGGAGCUCAGGUCAAGGCCAGGGUGGCCUUUCCUCUUGCAGCCCACAGACACUGGGUGCUGAGCCAGGUAGGUGUUUAUGAAAAACAAACCUUAUGGACAAAGUGCUUGUGAAAAAACUGUCUGCUUAUCAGUACCGCUGGGAAAACCUGAGUUUCUGGCUCUGACAUUUGUUGUCAUGUCCCCUAAAAUUCAGUUGUGUCAUAAAGGCAGGAGGUUUUCACAAGGUGGCAUUUAUUAUAGUUUCCUGGUGGGGGAUGUCCCUAGAGUAAAAGCGAAGCAUUUAAAAAAGGGGAAGUGGCACUCAGUGGAUCAUUCGUUCAUCUCUCUGAGCACACAGCUAAGAUGAUGAUGGUCACUUGCCUGCUCCUCUCCAGUGUCUGGACCGCUGUUCCAGGUAACUCCCUUAUCUGUCUGGGUGGGUGUCUGUGUCAUUUUCCUAACAGCAUUAGGGACCUCAGUGGCUGUGCCAGCCUCCUUCUGUGCUGCUGGGUGCUGCAGUCCCCACUUUGCACCCUCCUGGGGCAAACCUAGUGAUUACAGGGCACUUGUGGUACUGUACUACUUACCUUGGGCUCAGGCAUGUCACUGCUGUUGCAUUGACAGCAUCCAGUUCUUAAUUUAGCACCAGUGCACCAUAAAUUCCAGAGAGAUGUAUAAAGGUAUUGCAAUGGGCAAAUUAUAAAGCAGGCAGACUGUGUUUUUAGGUAUCUGCUCAGGCCAUCAAAAGCAUGGAUGUAUUACAGUGGUUUUGUAUUUUAAAAUCAUGUUGAAAAGGUUGAAUUAGUUUCAAACUAGCUUCCAUGAUCAUGGUUUGUAGUCUGCCUAUGGCACUGCUGAGAUCUAGAAAGCAAAGUGACUGGCACAGCUUGACAACUGGCUUCUUGGCCUUUGAUGGAAAUCUGCCUGGCCAUGGUCACAGCCAGAAUCUCAGAGCACCUUCUUGAGUAGGUUAGCCUAGUGUACUUCUGGACACUGCAGACAGCCUCACCUUCUCUGCAAAGAUAUUUCCCUUUCUUGUAAAUUGAGUUAUGUUCUCAGUGCUGCAACUGUUACUGCUGAUACCUCCCCUGCCAUGCUGACAUGCACAAAUAAACUUUGAAAACUAUUAUGCCAUAAGAACUGUUGAGCUGAGCUGUCAGCUUCACUUUGUCUGUACCCUUAACAAUUUUUGCAUGUCUACGAAUUGGAAGAGGAGACUGAUUGUUUUCUUCUUUUCCCUGAAGACUUUUAAUACCAUGGCAUUUAUGCUGUGCAAGUUUUCUCCCUGCAGGCCAUCAGUAUUUUUGAUGUACUUCUGCAGCUGUUUCUCAGCAGCAUGACUUCAAUGUUGAGAUAAGAGGACAGAUGUAGUUUGCCUCAGGUUCUUCCUGAGAACUCUUCUUGCUUUUUUCUUCUAGUUUUCUGACCCUUACCAGUUUCUAACAAGUGUGAAUACAUGAUGUACGUAUAGUGAGACACAUAAUCAUUUUUAGCAUUUUUACUGAUUUGCUACACCUCAUGCCACAGGAGGGCUAAGAGGGUGGUAUUGGGCCAACAGCUGUUUGUCAGCAUGGCUGAAAGUUUAGGGAAUCUCUUCGUGGGUGCCCAUGGGAUAGCAGUCCUAGCAGACAAAUCAGUGGCUCCCAACACCAGAACUGCCUUUCUCAGUGCUCUCUGCAGCACAGAUAUCAGGCUGGCAAAAUGCUAGGUGUGAGAGGUGGCAGGUCCAGUGAAACUCUCUGGGUAGUUCUUUCAAGUUCAUUUUCAACUUUUCCCUAGAUGGAGAGAUAGAGAAAUCCUCCAGAGUUGCUCUGCUUGGAAAUGAGGGUGAGGGGCUGUGGGGGCCUUUGGCGGGGUUGGGCUGCAGAAGAGUGUGAGAAAUGCUGAGUAUGGCACCUGCUUCUCCCCCAGCCUCUGUGCAGGUGACGAACAGAAAGGUCCAGUCAGUCCAGGCAGGAGGAAAUGUUACUUUUUCAUGCCGGUCAGUCACAAAAGAAGAUGUGAUACAGGUGACAUGGCAGAAAGAGACGGAUGGGACUGAAGACAACAUAGCAACUUACAGUAUGAUUAAUGGCCAAAAAAUAGCCAAGGCCUAUGUAAGCCAUGUGAGCUUUGCCCACAGCGAGUUACAAGCCUCAGCCAUCUCCCUUCAUGGAGUCACCCUCCAAGAUGAAGGAUGCUACAAAUGCAUUUUCAACACAUUUCCCUCGGGGGCUGUCACUGGCAGGAUGUGUCUCAAGGUUUAUGCCAUCUCAGACCCCAGAGUGGAAACUAAACUUAUAUCCAGUCCAGACAAAGCUGAGGACUCUGAGAAAAUGGUGGGGAUGAGCUGCUCAGCAACAGGGAAACCAGCUCCAAAAAUAACCUGGCACCUCCCCAGCAUACUGCAGCAGAAACCAAAGGAGUACCACAUAAAGUUCAGCAACCAGACCGUGACUGUCAUCAGCAAUUUUACCCAUACCCACUCCAAAAUCCUUCGGGAGUAUCCCAUCACCUGCAUGAUCCAACAUCCUUCUCUAAAUGUGACCCUGGUCCUGCCCACAGACAGCCUGGAGCAGGGUCCAGACAGCAGCAUGGCACUGGCCAUUGCCAUUGCACUGGGGGUCCUGGUCCCCCUGACCUCCCUUCUCAUUCUCACCUGCCUCUUCUUCCACUGCCUCAGGCACCUACAUGAUGCAGAGAGAAACCCAAGCUGGCCCUGCUGGGUAGGUCUGCCUUUCCUCAGGGUGCUGCAAAAUUCACCCCCACAGGUCUUGAGGUUCAAUACCAUGACCUGGCUUUACCCAGCCACACAAGGGCUGCCUGCACACUGCCCAAGCCAGGCUGAAACUGGGCUGGAGAGGGACACAGGAAUGAGCCCCCAGUCAGACAGCUGGGAAGGGGAAACCUGAUUGUGUAUAGCCAGCCUACAGGUGCUCAAGAGUGCUGGCAGCUAGAAAACAUUCAUUAUGCCAAUGGCAAGGCACGCUGAAGUGGGAGCAUCACUCUACUAUUACAUUUAUGCACAAAAUACUUCUGUAAGCAAUGGGUCUUCUACAGCUCCUAAAACAACCUCCCUCAGCACAACCAACGCAGCUCACGAAGGCAGCAACUUUGAGGAUGGGCCUCAAACAAAAUGUGGUCUUAGAGGAAAACCAUGCCUCUGUGAGGGAAGCCCAGGGUGCCAUGCUGGGGCAUGGGCUGAGGCACUGCUGAUUGUACUCCAAGGCUAUCCUGGUGCAGGGGGUGCAGGAUACAAGCUAGAGGUGGGGAUAAACUGAGGUGAAGUGCAAUCGUUUCAGAAAAUCAUAGUCCAGUUUUGUGAAGUCUCCUCAUCCUCCUUGCAGUACAUGUCUAGCAUGUGCACCCUGGAUUCUGGUGAACAUUUUGGAAAAAAAGAAGCAGUGGAGGAAGUGCAACACAUGUCUUAGGUGUAAUACCUCUAGGUCCAAGCUGAAGCCUGCUGAUGGGACUGCAAGGGGAGAACUUUAGUUUCCCCUCACAAAGAGAUGCAAGGACUCAUUGGCAAUACAAAUAUCCAAGAUCUUUACCCUCACAUCUAAAAUAUCCAUAUAUUUUUAAGAAAUAAACACAACAACUUCUCUUUCAUCAGGUACUUCCUGCCUGCACCAAGGCCAAGAAGUGCAGGCAGUACAGAGCUGCAAGCAGGUGGGCUC